CCAAUUUCCAACAAGUUUUGAAUAAAGUUGCUUCUAUCUGUAAUCAGGUACCUACAGUUUACCUAUAGUUAACAAAAAUAUACAUUUCAACUCAAGCUUUGUUGCGAUGUCAUUAUCUUUAGAAACGAAAACUGAUCUGUAUGAUCAAAUUGCGGAAAAAAUUAAAAACAAUGGAACAAAUAUUAACGAUUUAAUGGAAAAGUGUAACGAAAAAUGUAAUGUGCCUCAAUUUCAUGAAAAAAUUAUAAAGACAAAUUCACUAAAUUUCGAAGGAAUAUUUACCUCCGUUUCUAAUGCUGAAUUCUAUGAUUUAAAUCAGAUUUCAAAUCUUUUUCAAUUAAUUGAAUCAAUAAAAGAUAGCAGAGAAGAAAACUCGAAGCUGAUCACACAGAAUUAUGCUGAUUCAAGGUUUUUAAACAGAGAUAUCGUUAGAAAUCCGCAUGACUUCUGUAUUAAUAAGGAGAAUGAUGAGAGUCUGAAAAUUUCUGACAACAUUUAUGAAAUGCUGAAUAUGAUUGAUUAUAGUCCAAGAACACUUUCCGAAUUCAGAAAAAUUGGAAAAAAUGAUGAAAGAGAAAAGAAUGCUCUUGCACAAUUGGUGACUUAUCUUCAAAGCAUUUCAAAGGAAUUAAUCAGUACUACUAAGUGUUUUAAAAUCAAUGAGAAUCUUGAACCAUCUCUAGAGAUCAAUGAGAAUUUUGCGGAGAGUGCGAGGCAAUUUAAUGAAACUCUCGCAGACAUAAAGGAAUUGUUUCAAAAAUCCAACGAAUAUUUCGUAAUUGAGGAGAAAAAAUCUUCAGGCUUUGCAUCUGAUUUAAAAACAGUAAUUAUCUCUAUUCUUAAUGCUGCAGGAAAAAUUCAUGAACAGAAAUGAUUUUUUUAGAAAUAGAAAGAAUUGCAAAGAUAAUUAUAAUAACUGUGAGGGCUCAAUUUGGUACUUUUUUUUCUAAAUAAAUCUUCGAAAAACCAAAUGUUGAUACUUUCAAAACCCAAGGAAACGCUACAAUAAUCAAUAAAGCAAUCAAAAGAAAGAUUGCCAAUUUUCUAAGUGGCUGGUAUAUCGUAUAAUUGAAAGAUUGAAUAGGAUUUGACAUCCAAUUGAAUGAUGUUUCAGGGCGGCUAAAUAAAUUUUUACUCAUUAAAAAUGGUUCAGUUAAACAUA